AUGAUAGAUAAUGAAGUCGAUACUAGUGAAAAUUUGAUAUUCAAAGAUGAAGAAUGGAUGUUGAAUAAAGAUAUGUCUUUUGAAUAUAAUGAAGAGAAUUUUGAAGAAGAUGUUGAAAAUUUUGAAAAAUACUCAGAAAAACAAUUUAACAAAAAAUAUCAUGAAGAUUAUAAAAAUUCUAAGAUGUAUUCUGAGGAGGAUUUUGAAGAGUAUUACAAAAGCAAUUUUACAACCAACUUAGAAGAUGAUUAUUAA